AAUUAUAUUCCGGCAAUUGCAGAUUUAGGAAUAAGCAAGUUAAUAGAUGCAUCAUCAAAUGAGAAUGCAAUCAAUGGAGUUAUUCCAUAUGUUACACUAGAAGUAUUAAAAGAAGGAAAUAUUUUUAAUAGUUUUUGUCCAGAAAUUCCAAUUGAUAUUCCACAUGAAUUAGUUAAAUUAAUGAAAAGAUGUUGGGAUCCAGAUCCAGAAAAUAGAAUUAUUAAGA